AUGGCUGAAAUAAGAAAAAGAAGACUGAGAAAGGUGAAUGACAGUGACAUGAAACAUGCUAAAGACGAUGCCUAUUCAAAGGGCAAGACCUUGGACGGAACAGUCUUUCAAGUUCCUGUGACUCGAGACAUGCUUCAAUCGCUGUUGGACCCCAAAGAAUCGAAAACUUUCUUUGAUUUGCUUAUUCUGUCUAUUCUGUCUAUUAAACUCGCGCUCUUGUUUAUCCUACCCACUACUUGGUCUAAACAUGUCUUUCUUGUUCUGUUUUUGUUUUGGCGUUUAGCUUAUAACCUUGGUUUGGGCCUUUUGCUCAAGUAUCAAAGCGAAAAACAUGGUUUAGUCAAAUGGUUCAAACACUACAAGCUCGAUCAAAAUAGUUGGAUACAGCAUCAACUUAGUUUAAAGAUGAACCCAGACAACUACAGUUUCAAACAAGAACCUGUUGAAUACAACACCUGGCUUUUGUUUAGACAAUUAGUGGACCUUAUUCUUAUGAAUGACUUUGUUGCCUAUAUAUGCUUUGCUUGUGUCUGGUUUAACCCUGUUCAAUCAACCUUUUACUUGAUGGAUCUUAAAUUGCUCAAAUGGGUUGCCGGUCUGUUCCUAAUUUUAUUCAAUAUCUGGGUCAAGCUAGAUGCUCAACGUGUAGUUAAGGACUUUGCUUGGUAUUGGGGUGACUUCUUCUUUUUGAUAGAACAAUCAUUGACGUUUGAUGGUGUAUUUGAAAUGGCACCACAUCCUAUGUAUUCAGUAGGAUACAUUGGCUACUAUGGUAUCUCUCUUAUUUGUGCAAGCUAUACUGUUCUGUUUGUCAGUAUUGCUGCUCAUAUGAUGCAAAUGGCUUUCUUGGUGUUCGUUGAAACCCCACAUAUUGAAAAGAUUUACAACCCUCCUCAAGCUAAAAAAAGACUACCUCUUGCUUCUGCUUCUUUGGAUGAAGAUGUCGCUACUUCUUUAGCUAAAUCUAUUUACAACAACCGCCGACAUACACAUCUUUAUCAUUUUCGCCGCGAUAUGAUUGUCUUUAAGAAUUUUGAUUUAUGUCAAUCCAACGAUUUGGUGACCGCACUUUUAAUGCUUUAUGCUGCCAUUACUCCAUGGUUUAUGAGCUCUAGAUCAAGUGUUUUGUUUUCUAUGGCUCAAGCUAUUUUUUGGAGACUGUUUCAUUCUGUUGGAUUGGGUUUACUACUUCAUUUCCAGUCUAAAAACAAAUGGUUCACAAGGCACUUUGUUAAAUGGGGAAGUGGGGCACAAGAAGCGUUUCAGAGUUGGAAAAGCAUUUACAACCUGUCUUCCUGUAUGGUUUACGUUUCGUUCAUCACUUUAUGUUUCAAGCUCUAUACUUUGCCCGACGAUUGGACAUAUGGUAUGACCAUAUUAAGACAUACACUGGGUAUUGCAUUUGUAUGCUUGCACAUCUGGACUUCGGUUUCUAGUUAUGAAGUAUUAGGCGAUUUUGGCUGGUUCUAUGGUGAUUUCUUUGUGGAUGAUCAUCCUACUCAAUUAUUAUACACUGGUAUUUACAGAUUUCUUAAUAACCCAGAAAAGAUUAUGGGUCAUGCUGCUUUUUGGGGUUUUAGUUUAAUAACAAACCAUCCCUUUACAUUUGGCUUAGCUCUGUUUUCACAAAUCACCAAUUCACUUUUAUUACAGUUUGUCGAAAGGCCUCAUAUGGAGAAACUUUACGGUGAUGAGAUUAGAAAAGAAGCUGGUUUGACAAAAACAUUACGUACUGCGGCUCAGCAGUUACCUAUAUCGCUACCAAAGCAAGUUCAAAAUGAAAUUGCUAAAUUUGUUAUUCAGCAACAGCAACAGGGUUCAACAAAUAACCCCAAGGAUAAAAACAAUACAAGUCAUCUUGUCAACGAUGCCAUCAACAAAGUUGAAGAGCUAUUAGUAAAUACUGUUGGAAAAACAGAAGCUGCCAUUAAUUUAUUGGAAAAAGACAGUAAUGCUCAAAGAAGUCGAAAAGGGUAUCAAGUUAGAUUCUCUCAUGAUCAACAUACACUUCAACCUUACGACAAUGUGUUUAUUAUGGGCGAGCGUAUUCGUGUAGACUGGGUAGCACCUGCUGAUCAUGGACCCAAAGAUUGGAUAGGAAUCUACAAAGUAAAUGCUAAUCCUAGCAAGGACACCACAACAAUUAGUUCUCAAGGACGCUGGUAUUGGACGAAUGGCCAUCCUGACGAAGAAAACGACCCCGAUCUUGUCUUGUUUCCCCCUCAAAUUCUUUCCAAAACAAAGGGCACUAUCAUAUUUAAGGGAAAUCAAAAACUACCAUGGCAAGAAGGUAUAUUCGAAUUUAGAUAUCAUCAUGAUGGUAAGCACCGCGUGAUGGUCAAGAGUCUUCCUUUCGAGAUUAUCGCUCCUCCUACACCUGAUAUCCAUGAUGAAGAUGCAAUCCAACUUUCUUUGUUGAAGCUUAUUCAAAGUGUGCUUGAUCAUGACCCCGAUAAGAUUCCCAUGUCUCCUAUCGACGACUAUGCUUAUUUGACAGAAGUUGCUGCCAGGAAACUUUCUCAUGUCAUUAAACUGAUGUUUGGCGUUGAGUUUGCAUGGGAAGUGAUUGUUGCCGAUAUGCGAGUGAGUCAAUUGACGAAGCGUAUUCAACAUGCAGUAGAUGCCUUAUUGCCUUUCUCGGACCAAAGAUUGGUACAGAAGCAGAAAUCUGGCUCCAAUAUCUCAUUGUUUUCUGUUUCUCCUACACAAAAAGGAAAUGAUGAUAUUGUGGCCAUGACACUUCAGCAACAACAGCGUAAUAGUAGUACUAGCCAUCUUCAUGACUAUAUUCAUUAA